ACACUUCCGGUACAAAAUGGCGAUCACCACAAGACCGCAGGCUUUGGCUCUCUAUAGAUCUUUAUUGCGCGAAGCAAGUAAAUUUACAGAAUACAACUACAGGAUGUAUGCUUGGAGGAAGACAAGAGACAGUUUUAGAACCAACAAGAAUGUCACUGAUCCUCAGCAAAUAUCGAAUCUCCUGAAAGAUGCUAAAGAAAACCUAAGCAUUAUUAAGCGACAGGUGGUUGUUGGUCAGCUGUAUGGUGAGGGCAGACUCAUCAUUGAAAGUAGAAGCAGCAAGUUCCCCCCUGGAUAGACAUCAAGUACCACUGGUCACUGCCAUGAACAAACGGAGGAAUGUGUGCAGACUGAUUACUGAUGGUCACCGCAGUGCUCGACAGGGUGUUGUGACACCUUGACACAGAUUCAGGAAUACAGAAAACACUGUUCAGCUGAUAAUAGUUGAUGAUUGAUGAAUGUUGUGAAUUUGAGUUUGUUAGAAUUUGUCUAUGUAACAAAUAUAUAUGUAUUUAUAAUAGAGGAUGAUCCCUGACUGCUUAGGUCAGGCCUGUAAUCCUCCAGUGUGUAAUGUUGGUAUGUGUUCUGUAUUCCAGAUAUACAGUCUAAUGUAAGACUUUAUAAAAAUGUUUCUUGAAAAACUUUUACUUUCACAAUUCUACUGAAAACAAAAUGCAUGAGUCAAGAAUAUUACUUAUGUUUUUUGCCAAGCAGGAGUGAGUGAAUAAGUGAGUUUAGUGUUACGCAGCACUCAGCAAUAUUCCAGCUACUGUAUAUGGUGGCGGUCUGUAAAUAAUUAAGUUUGGAUCAGACAAUCCAGUGAUCAACAGUAUGAGCAUCAAUCUUGCAAUUGGGAUACGAUGAGCCUGACUACCUGAUCCCAUUGGUCACCUCUUACUUCCAAGCAGGAAUACCCAUGAACACAGAAUAUUGUUAUCUGUACAAUACAACUGGAGACAGUAAUAGUGUACAACAUUUUGGCAAAUAAAAGUGCACUUACA